AUGGCGAAGACGGCCGUCACAUGUUCCAACUCUGACGUUGCUACAAUAGAUGCAGCUCCAAUGGAGCCUUCACUUGAUGCUGCAUCGACCUGGCUAGGUUCUUCUCCUAGGAAGCAUCGAGCUACGAAAGCCGGCAAGGCUCACUCAGACAAUGGUUGUUAUGGACAGCCACUGAAAGCAACUCCUCCUCACACACCGCAAUCCCACCACCUUUUGCUUCCCCCCAUUCGCCUGAAAUCCGCAAAGACUUCAACUACUGAGCAUUCAAUCAUGGAAAGGCGUCCGAUUGGUGGUCUAUCUGACCCAAAUAACUCCCAAAACAGCCUCGCGCUCACCAUCAUGCCUCGUUCUACUACUACACUGCUUGACACUGAAAAUGGGAUUCCAACACCAGCGACGUCGCAUAGCAAUGAUUUUGAAAUUGCACACCUCCGCAACGAGGUCAACGGCGCGCAGAGCGCCAGUAAUAUCAACACCGUAGAGCUGGCCCGCCAGAGCGACGUGAUCGCGCACCUCUCUGGCAUCAAUGGGCGGAUAUUCAAUUAUCUGCGCGACCUGGAUAACCGCAUCGGCUCUCUAGAAGCAGAGAAUGCGAAUCUUCGUAAUCGGCUUCAUGAUAGUGGAUCCAACAGGUUCUCUGUCCAACACGUUAGCGACAGCUUCUACCGUCAGCGCGAGCCUCUGCGCAUCCAGUACGGCGGCAUCGACGAUCGUUCUCGCUCUCGCUCUCCAACACCUGAAAGAGCCGAGCAAUCUGUCAGCACAUCCGAUGCCCUAGACCUUCAGGAUGAGCAAUCUGCUAGUGAAAUCGGUCAAGACGCCACCAGCGGCGGUGCAUCCAGGUCUUCUGUUAUCGGCGAUUCUCUGAUUGCCGAUGCUGCACCACAACAGGAUGAGGAUGGCAUCCUUACUGAGUGUAAGACGGAGCCGCAGUCGCCCUCAAAAGGCCGCGGCAGGAAGCGCGCUCGAAACGUCGCGACAAAUAAACGUGAGGUCCACAAGUUGGACAAAGUUAUGGUAUCGUCACUCGUCAGGAUGCCUAAAAUCCCGAUCACGGAUACGGAAAUCAUCGUCUAUUUCUUCAAUUCCUUGUCCCGCCCGCUCGUCGCAGGCCGCUUGUAUUCGCGUGGCUUUGGUCCAGCCAAGAUCACUGACACCAUUAACGAGCAUCGCGAUCUCGACCCGCCCUUCCUGCGCAAUACUUGCUCUGUAAAGUGCGUGACGGCAAUCAGGCGAGGUGCCGAGAGAUUCAAGUCAGAAUGGGAAUCUAUUCGCGACCAGUUCAGCAACGCCAGCAUCGCCGAAGCCACCACGCUCAUUCGCGACCGCGACCGCGAGUCCACGGAAGACAUCGAUGUGCGCGAGCUUUUGACCGCGCUGAUCAAGCAUCCGGACGAGGAACUGCACGGUGUAGGUGGAAUCUUCACUCGCUGUGUCAAGUUCUGCGAGGAUAAGAAGCUCUCCUGGCCACUCUCCCAAAUCGACAAGCUGGCCGCAAAAAUCGAGGCCAAUGACCUUGCGGACGACAUCGCUGAGGGAAUCGCUGAGGACAUUUCUGAGAAUAAUGGCGACAGUUCCUCUGAUCUCGAUUCCAUCGACGAGGGUCUCUACAACGACCUACAAAACUACGUCGCCGAUCACGAAUCCAAAGAUCUCAACAACAUGUAAGGUUUCCGCGCCGGUGAGAACCCUGCUGUUGGCCUCCCGAACGCCUUCCUACGGAUGUAACGAAG